CAACAACAACGUCCAUGGUAGGAGUUUUUAAUUUUCGUAAUUCAUUGAGAAUGAGAACUGAGAAGUUGUUUGAAUCACUUGCAUAAUUUAAUCUUUAUCGAAUAACAAAUAGAAAAUCUUAAAAAUGGCAACAGACUUAAGUGCUAGUUUUAACGAGCAAUAUAUCAGCAUCAACACAAAACUAAAGAAAAGGUUUUUGCGCAAACCGAAUAUUUCAGAAGCAACAAACGAGUUCAUAGCUCUAGCGAUACAAUGCGAGCAUUCAGAGCAGCCUUCGUUUGCCGGUCAGACGUAUAUAGGUGCUGCUAAAUGCGAGGCCUCUGCUGGGAACUUUUUAGGCGAGGCAGAACAACAUUUGGCGGCAGCUCGACAGUUUAUGAAAGCAGAAAAGAAACUUGCUGCAUUGAAGUUUGAUAGCCCUGAUAGAGAGAACCUAGAAGCUGCAAUAGGCUGCUACAUGUGGGCCCUAGUCAAGUACCCUGAAAAGUCACCUCUCCGCACAUCCAUACUACUGGAACUAGCUGAAGGCCUGGUGGAUCUGAACUAUAAGAACGAGGCAUUAGUUUACUAUGAGGAAGCAGUUGAGUCAAUCGAAGAUAAGACAAUGAAGUUGAUGUGCUUGAGGAAUAUGUUCAACUUAUUGUUGGAUUGUGAUAAAUAUGAACAAGCUUUGGAUACAGCGAAUCAAAUCUGUGAUUCCAAUUUUCAUAUACCAGAGGGAAUACUGACAGAAAUACAAGUGUGCAGAAUAUUGUUGGUUCUCCUAGUCAGCCCAGAUGAGGACACAAAGUCAGAAUCUCUGAAACAACUGCUUGAGCACUUACUCAAUGAUGAAGAAAGUGAUUCAAUACCCUUCAACACAGACCUGCGCCUCAAGCUGCAAUCCAUCAUAAUAUCCAGCAGUGCACGCGACCAACCAGCCCUCAUUAGUGUAGCGGCAGACACCAAGCAACAUCUCACUUUGCGGCAGAAGGAUCUGCUCCAAACACUUGUUUUACAGAACAAACCCGAGUGAUUUUUUUCCAACUGGUUUGGGUUCUAACCCUUUUUAGCCUGAUCAGCAGGGGCGGAUCUACUUAAAGGCUUUUUGGGCUGCAGCCCAGGGCCCUGCGAAUACAGAGGGCCCCCAACCAAACCGAAACCAACCGAACCAAUAUUUUUGUCAAUAAAAAAAUCCAAUCACAAGGUUGGCAACACUAUGAUCAAUCAACCCGUGUUUCAAACAGAAAACAGUUUCUUGUCAAAAUGGCAAUUAGUUCUAUGCAAUUAGUUGAGUAAUUAGGUAGGGCCCCUAAGCAGUAUUAGCCCAGGGCCCCACAAAUUCAAGAUCCGUCCCUGCUGAUCAGAGUGAAACAAUUGUCUCAAACCUACCUUCAUAUAUGGCACUGUCACUUUUAUAAGUAACACCAUGUACCUGCGCAGAAAUCGUAUUUUUGAAUGGCGCGAAAAUAUCCAAGUUCUUGGUUUUUAACAGAC